AAAAAGUUAAAGCGAGGGGGAGACUGGGGAGAGACGAGCGUCCAGUGACGUUUCUUCGCGUCUUCUGUGACGGCGCAGUCUGAAAAUUCUCUCAAGAUAUGUCAAGUAGAAGGCGUAUCUGUGUGUAAGCGAUAAGAGCGUGUCGAAUGGUUCACGGUGACUCCGAUUGUAAUUACGGAAAUUCCUCGCGAUAAUAUACCCCUCGAACGGCACGCGGGCCGAAUGUCGUGAGCGGUGACCGUGUCUGUUGCAUUCUCUGCCAAAUUGUCAACUGAAUGUCCCAGAUUACGGUCACGCCAAGUGGGAUGGAGCGCAGUAUUCACGAAAUGUUGAAGGACGCACCCUCCCUAAACGAGAGCGACAGCGCUGUGCACACCGGGACCCCGCCGCCUCACGUACCGAACAAUUGCAGCAGUGAGGCCCAUCCGAGACCAGCCACCAUAAACCUGAACUUGGGAAGUCCUACGACUCAGAUCUACGUCUGUAUUCCUACAGCGGUCGCGGUCUCGCCCGGCACACCGGUUCAGAAUGGCGACACGCAAACCAUGCGCACCACCCAGAGCAAAAUCGAGAGUCUGAAGAAUUGGAGUAUCUCCACGUACAAAUGUACCAAGCAAUUGAUGUACGAGAGAUUAGGGAAAACGUCGCGUACCGUAGACUUCGAACUCGAGACGCAGAUCGAAUUGCUCAGAGAUACCCAGAGGAAAUAUUGCAACGUUCUGCGACUGUCGCGAGCUUUGGCGUCGCACUUUCAUCACGUUGUCCAGACGCAACACGCUCUCGGAGAAGCGUUUUCCGAAUUAGCGCAGAAAUCGCCUGAGCUUCAGGAGGAGUUUCUGUACAAUUCGGAAACGCAAAGAAAUUUAACUAAAAACGGCGAGACACUUCUAGGGGCCUUAAAUUUCUUCGUUUCCUCUGUGAAUACCUUGUGUAAUAAAACGAUCGAGGACACGCUGCUCACAGUGAGACAAUACGAAACUGCGAGGAUAGAGUACGAUGCGUAUAGAACAGAUUUAGAGGCUCUUGUGCAAGCUACAAAGUCAGAUAGUAACAAUGCGGCGAGAUUAGAGGAGGCACAGGCUAGUUAUGAGGGGCACAAGCAGAAUUUCGAAAAAUUGCGCUCGGACGUUUCCAUUAAGUUGAAAUUCUUGGAUGAAAACAGGAUUAAAGUAAUGCACAAGCAAUUGCUAUUAUUCCAUAAUGCUGUAUCUGCCUACUUCUCGGGGAAUCAAACCGCGUUGGAGGCAACUCUCAAACAAUUUAACAUCAAGGUGAAAUCACCGAAUUCCACUUUACCGUCGUGGCUGGAGCAGUAGUCGAAUUAAGUUGAAUAUUUCGUCCUACCGCAAAGGAUGUGAAUAUAUAUGUAUACAAGUGCAUUCGUCCACCGAAUUAUCUACCGAGUUUGCGAAACGCAGAAAGUAAAGGUAGAACAAUUAUCAAAAAACUCGACGAUUGCCAGUAUUGUGAGCUGCCGUUUAUUCUGACAACCAAUAGAGAGUGAAAAAUUGCGAGAUUUAUGGUGUAUAAACAGACUGAAUUCAAGGUGUAAUAUCGAUCAUCAAUAUUGAGUAUUAUAUAUAUAUAUAUACAGCAUGUAUCAUAAAAUUAAUGAUUCUUUUAAGAGAAUUAUACAAAUCAGUAGGAAUCUCUAACCAACAUAGGCAAUGUUCUGAUAAUUAAUUUCUAAUGCUUGAACACAUUUGAGGAGGCAAUAGAUAUUUAAUUUUUAUAUUUCUCUUAGAGGAGUUUCAAAAUGUAAAUACGUAAUGUGACGUAACAUGAUAAAUGGAGCCUUCUAUUUUACAGCAUUAAUUUAGUGGUAUUAAUUACUUGUUAUCAUGCUAUAUCACACUUUACACAUGCAUCAUAAACGUAUAGCUUAACAGAGCGAUGAGUAAGCCCACUAUCUUAAAAGACCAAUCUUUAAGCUACACAUUAUGCAUUGUUUCAUAUAGUUUUAAAGCUGCAAUAUGAUAAAUUUAUAAACUUAUUCUCUAUUUAUAAAGAUGCGGUUAUUUAAGUUAUUUAUUGAAGAUCAAUUUGUUAAAAGCAAGAAAAUGAAUGGAUUGAAAUCUCAGAAGAUUAUGUUAAAAGUGUACAUUGCACACUAAAAAGACAUAAUUUCAAUCUUAAAAUAUUUCUCUAUUUAUUGUAUCAUAAUUUGCUAUAAUUAUUGUACUUCGUAUUAUCAGAAACUAUGACAAAUGUCAUAAAAAUAUUAAUAAAUAUUGCAUCAAUGGUAUAAUGGCAAAUUUGUUUGCAACCGUAUGGUACUUUCGAUUUUAUAUAGUAAAUAUAGUAAUUGUAGAUAAAAAUUACAUGACAUAUUGUAUUUUUCAAAAAUUUUUGCGUAGUUUUUGUUUAAAGAUUUAUAUAUUUUUAAAAUUUAAUUUUUGAACAAAACACUGCAAAGAGAUGCUAGUCAUUUUCUUACUUAAGUAUUUAUUUAAAAAUUAUAAAAAAAAAAUCAUGACAUUUACAGUCAAAUAAAUGAGUUUAGUUGCUUGUGCUUGUAUUCUAUAGUGGGAACAUACAUACAUACACUUCGUACGCGCAGUUUGCAAUUUCCAGAUUUCUUUUGAUGAGAUACCUUUAAGUUUUAUAACAGCAAAUGUAUAACAUUUCUACUGAUGAUUAUUUCUUAUUUGCCAUAAUAGUGAUAAUCACAUCAAUUAGCCACGAUUAACGAAGAAAUAAGCUAGCUAGUAGGGAGAUACGUAAUAUUAUGAUGUUAUGCCACAAGAUUGCGAAGAUGAUUCUUCCAAUGUGUAAAUGAUAUUUAAUAAACAUUUCACAUGUGUGUAUGGUGAAUGUAUACAAAGUAAAUGUACAAGAUAUCAACAAUCUUGGAGAAUCAUUAGAUUUCUAUCAUUUUACGCUUGCAUCUGUUAUCUCUAAGGAAUAAUGGCGCGAAAAUAUUUGAUAAAUUUGGCCUGUGUAAUAUUUAACGCUGCUACUAUUCGUAUCAUGUAUAUAUUCUUUGCGCUAGUAUAAUGUGUAAAGACUUUACAAACAUGUAUAUUCUUGCUUUAGUUUAUAUAUAAUCUUGCUACGUAAUUAAGUUGCAUUGCAAGACACAUGGAAGAGGCAAGUGCUUUAUCUGUCAUGAUCCGAUCUCUUUUUAAAUUGAUAUUACAUGACAAAAAUGACACAAUUGUUUUCCAUUAAAUUGUGUGUACUUCAUACACUUUAUUAUUUAUAAAAUAUAUAAUAACUGAAAGAGAUUAUGUGUUCCUAACUAUAAUGUUAUCGUGUGUGUAUAUUAUGUGUAUACAAAUUCUCUUAACAAUAAAUAAUUACUUAUAUUGAA